GCUUUAACACUAACGUAGCUGAUGUUAGUUUUGACGUCAGGUGAGUGCAGCACAGCACAACACCUCCAUCCCGGUGCAGAGCAGAGGACGUCUGGUGCGCACUGAGCGCGCCGUUCGGCCCGCCCGGACACUGCAGUGGAGGUACCGAGCCAUCGCUGCGGCAGCUCGCUCCCGACUCUACUUCCCGCUACAGCCGGUCCGGGCCGGGACAAAACAGGGGGGAGAAACCGCUGGGAGCCAUGGCCGAAUCCAACAUGCGGUGGGGGUUCCCCCGUCUGCGCCGGGCCGCGACUUCUUUUCCUGGCAACCUUCACUUGGUCUUGGUGCUUCGCCCCACCAGCUUGUUGAGCUCCACCCCCAGUCCGUCCUCCAGCACAGAUCUGGGCUUUCGCUUCAGCCAGGAUGACUUCCUCCUAAAGAUGCCGGUGGUGAUGCUGCGCUCAGUGGGUGACCUGCUGCGCUACAUCGAUGAAAACCACCUGGCAUCAGACUUUACUGCAAAGGUGGAAUAUUGCCAAAGUGACUGGGUCCUCCUACGAUCGUCCAUUGAGACCUUUGCAGUGACGGUGAAAGAGAUCGCUCAGCUGCUGCAGGGAUUUGGCUCUGAGCUGUCUGAGACCGAACUCCCAGAUGAAGCUAAUGCCAUUGAAUUCCUGCUCCACUCCCACUCACAUCGAUACAGACAGAUGAAGGAUGACAUCCGGGGCGUGCUGAAAGAAGGACGCCUGCUGUUGUCUAACCUGGAAACAGUUAAAGCUGCAAAGAGAGAAGCUGAGGAAGAGCAGGAAAUACAAGCCGACAUGGAAACUGUUCAGAGGCUUCUGGCACAGCUCAGGGACAUGGAGGAGGCAUUUGAUGGUUUCUUUGAAAAACACCACCUGAAGCUGCAACAGUACCUCCAGCUGCUGCAUUAUGAAAGCAGCUUCCAGCAGAUGGAUGAGGUGCUGGAGCGGAUCUCGGCCCAGGAGAAGGAAAUUGCCUGUGUGGGAACUACAGUGGUUCAGACAGAACAGCUACUUAAAGAUCUGGACAGUCUGGAUAAACGAGCUCAGGAGGAGAUGAACCGAGCCCAGGUUGUGAUCCUGCACGGCCACCAGCUGGCUGCCAACCACCACUACGCUCUGGCGCUCAUCGUCCAGCGCUGCAAUGAGCUGCGACAUCACUGUGAUGUCAUCAGCACUGCCAUACGAACCAAGCGGGCCUCGCUCACCCGGACACGAGACCUGCUGCGCCGCCUUGAGGAGGCUCUUCGUUGGUGUGAUGAGGGGGCCUAUCUGCUCGCCAGCCAAAUGGUGGACAAGUUCCAAACUAAAGAGGGAGCUCAGGAGGCUCUGCAGUACCUGACCAACCACCAGGAGAGGGCGCCAUCUGUUGUAAAAAACACCCAGGACACGUUGAGCCUGGAGUUUGAAGCUAUGCUCACACCUCAGCUGCAGUCCCAGAUUACCCUGGUGAAAGAGAAGCUGAGCUCCGUUCAGUGCAUGAUCAGAAACAGAGAGCAGUGUUUGAAGAAGCUUGCAGAUGUGCAGGUUCGACCCAUACAGCUGGUGGCGCCUCGGCCUGAACCGGAUCAAACCAUACUCCGCUGCAAGUCACCUCUCUUCUCCCCAAAACACGUUGUGGACUUCAAUGUCUUAAACUCAAAGUUCUCAUUUGAUCUCCUUCCUGGCAAAAGAGCAUCAAGGAGAAACAACAGCCCACGCAAGAUUGAGGUGAUGCAUGAUUACCAAGGCAACCGCAGCUGCCUGUACGGUCCCAACCCAGAAACCGAUUCAGAAGCAGAGGAGAAUCCAGAACAGGUCACACGGCACAUUAUGAAGGAACUGAUAGCUACAGAGAGGGUCUAUGUUGAUGAACUGCUCUCUGUUCUUCUGGGUUACAGGGCAGAAAUGGAGGACCCCUCCAUGUCUUAUCUACUUCCCUCAGCUCUUCGCUGCCAGAAAGAUGUUCUGUUCGGCAACAUGCCAGAGAUUUACCAGUUCCACAGCAGGAUCUUCCUCCAUGAUCUGCAGGGUUGCCUUGAAACACCAGAGAGGGUGGGGGCUUGUUUUCUGCAUCGGAAAGAUAAAUUCCAGGUGUACGAACGUUACUGCCAAAACAAACCCUGCUCUGAGCUGCUUUGGAGACAGUGCUCCGAUUCGCCGUUUUUCCAGGAGUGCCAGAAAAAGUUGGACCACAAGUUGGGCCUAGAUUCUUAUCUUCUGAAACCAAUCCAACGCCUCACUAAGUACCAGCUGCUGCUUAAGGAGCUUCUGAAACACUGUGUGGAGGAGCACUACCGCUGUGAGCUCCAGGAGGCGCUGGAUUCCAUGCUGGAGCUGCUGAAGUCUGUCAACGACUCCAUGCAUCAGAUAGCCAUCACAGGAUAUCCGGGUGAUAUUAGCCAGCUGGGCCGCAUAAUCCUCCAGGGGAGCUUCAGUGUGUGGAUCAGCCACAAACGGGCAGCGGUGCGAAUGAAAGAGCUGGCCAGAUUCAAACCCAUGCAGCGACAUCUCUUCCUCUACGAUCACGCACUGCUCUUCUGCAAGCGACGAAACGAGGACAGCCAUGACAGCUUCUACAGCUUCAAGUCCUGCCUCCGAAUGAGCACCGUGGCCAUCACAGAAACUGUGAAAGGAGAUGUGAAGAAAUUUGAAAUCUGCUACAGUGACAGAGAAGUUGUCUAUUUAGUUCAGGCCCCCACAGUGGAGGUCAAAGUUGCCUGGCUGAACGAGAUUCAAAAAAUACUGGCCAACCCACAGAAACUACGACAAGAUGAAGAUUCUUCUCUUGCUCUCCCAGACAACCUUCUCUCUGACAGCACAUCAGAGAUGUGUGUGUCGUGGGGCCCCGGUCCGGUGGGAGGCUGCUCAGCGUGUCUUCCUGUUCCUCACAGUUCCUCAGCAACAAGCCACGCCCACAAGUACAGAGCGGAGGAGUCGACACAUUCGAGCCCCGCCCACUCAGACCCUGUGGUUCACUCGCCUCGACGUAGUUGGCCUGCUCCUGCUCACUCUGUGGCGAUCUGCGAAGGCCUGGAGGACUGGGGUGCAACAGACCUCUCUGCCUUAUCCGACUCAGAUGAGGAGGAUCAGCCCUCCCCAUUGGUGGCAGGCAGGUACAGGGUCAUGGUUGAAAGCAGCAUGGCCAGCUCUGAUGACAUCAUCUUUAACUGCGGCGAUGUCAUUCAGCUGCUUUAUGAGGAUUCGUCAGGAGUGUGGAUGGUGAAGAAUAUCAGUCGUCGUGAAGAAGGUCGAGUUCAGCCUGAGGACUUGCACAGGAUUCUGGGAGAGAGCUGCUGAGAGCCAAUCAAAAGCCAGAAAACUCGCACCAUCCAUUCAUUUCCCAAACAAAUGCAGGCAUCUGAUUCAGUCAAGUCAGACUGAAACACUCCAUCAGCUGCUUAUUCGACUUUCAAGAGCUGUGACAGAAGCUGUGUACUACAGGACGGACCUCAGAGGAAUGUAAAAAUUGAAGCACAUACAAGCCAUUUUUAUCUACCGGUUCUACUAAUGAUGCAGAAGAAUGUUUGGACUGGACUGGUUUGGUGGGUACUCCGCAUACUUCCUAUAUGGACUUUUAUUUUGGAUGUUGUAUAAAUAAUAUUUUCUUAUGACAUAUUUUAAAAAAACACAAGCAGAUAAUUAUGUACAUAUCAUCUGUGUGCCAAACAGCAAAGCUGAUCACUGCAGCUUCUUUUUGUGACAUGUUUUUGAGUGAGACCUGCUUUCUUUGACUAUAGAAAGCACAUCCUGUAACAUUAUGAGAUGUUACAGGAUGUGUAAAGAAGUUGGCUCAUUAGUUUUUCCCCUGUAUUCAGCCAUAAGUGUUAUCUGAGAAGCCCUAUGACUUCUUUGUUCAUUCACAAAACAUACAACCCAAGAUUGUGGGGGUGCAGCUGUGGUAGAUCUUCCAUGUUACUGGUCCCAAAUCAAACUUGCCACCUCAUCACAUCCUCACCAGCAGUCUGUCCUGCCGCUGCUCUUACUUCACCUAGAGGCUUGCUCUAUAGCAAUAAAUAACAAAAUCAUUGAACAAAGUGAUCAGUAUGCUUUGGGUUCCCUGUGAAAUAUGAAUGCUGAUACCUCAAAAUGUUUUCAGGCUGAAAAAAGGUAGAGUAAGGCUAGGUGCAAU